UCCUGUGAAAGUGAAACUAGUCAGCGCGCGUAGUGAAGGGGAGAACCAGCGAAAGCUUUUUGUUUCUGCUGAAGUAGCAAGCAGAAGAGAAGGCGGCCACAAUCAUGGCAAACUUCGACACCAUUUACAAAGUUACUCUUUUCGCCGCCACCUGCUUCACUACAGCCUGGGGCAUCAGCUGUCCGGCCGUGGACUGCUGGUUCGUGAAGGAGCCGGCCCGUGGUGGUGGCCUGUCGUCCGGCAACACCCUGGUGAAAUCCCUGCUCCACGUCCGCACGGACGCUCGCGGCCACAGCGGCGAGUUUCAGCAAGACACUGAAGGGGAACGAUUCUACUACAUAACCGACCCGUCUGCAACUCUGUGCCACGAGUCUCUGCACGCUCACCGGGACUCCGUACACAAGCCCCACUGUGAGAUCGCACCGCUGGUCCCUCAGCCCGCCUCCGUCCAGUGGGUGGUGUCGCUCACAGACCCGCCUCUGAGCCCGCCCUACCUGCAGGCCGACUGGCUGUCCACCUCGGCUCACGGCCUGAAUGACCAGCUGGUGAUCUCCAACAUCCUCCGUGCGCCCACUGCGAGCCGAGAGCACGAAGUGAUUCUCAGCAUCACCAGCAAGACGGUCCAAGUCCAGUCCAGAAUCGGGGAGCCAGUGUUGUUGGACUGCACGUUCUGGGCGGACCCGAAAUCGCCGCUGUACGGCUCGGGCUUCGCUGUGGAGUGGCGAUACCAGUUCCGCGGCAGAGGGCAUCUGGUCCUGGCCUACGACGGGAAGAAGGACCGGCUGGCCGACGUCCAGGAGGAAGGGGCCUUGCUGGACUUCGAGGCCCUGCACCGGGAGAGAAACGCGUCCCUGAUGCUGCAGAAGGCCAAAGUCAGCCAUUCCGGGACGUACAUCUGCGCUGUCCACCUGCCGUACCUGAUGGCCCAGGUCACCGUGCACCUGCAGAUCGUAGAGCCUCCGACCCUCUCCAUCAGCCCCUCCCCUCUUCCCCUGACGGUUCCCGGGCAGAGCGUCACCGUGGAGUGUGAGGCCACGGGCUUCACUCCUCACACUCUGGAGCUCAGCUGGGAAUUCCGGGGCAGCGACGGGAAAACCCGACAGCUGGGAUCCGGCAGCAUCUCGGGCCACAGGCAGUCCGUGGACGGAACCUCCAGCCAGAGCACACGGCUGCUGCUGGACUUCUCCAAACUGGACUUGGAGCGCGAUGGAAAGGUGGCGUGCGUCGCCGUUCACCCUGGAGGAACACGGCGGGCGAGCGUUGCCCUCAACACCCUUGGCUUCAGCGCUCCAUCAAUGGAGGACUCCAUGGCGAUGGUGGGCGUGGCCAUUCUGCUCUACGGUCUGAUCAAGAUAGUGUCCUGGACUUUCAGCCGAUCAGAUCCGACCGAAGUGAAUGAUGAUGUCAACAAGAAGCAGAACUGAAGCUGCAGUCACUCUCUGGUCUCAUCUCUGAAGUGUUUCGCCUCACUGUAUGAAGAAUCUCUGGGAAUUGUGAAUAGGCUCGUGGUGACGGGACGAACGCAUCGAUCACAUUUUGCUUUCAGAUUUUUUGUGCUAUGUGCCCCUUACCCUAGGUAGCUGGGUUACACCCCUCCCCCCCACUAGGGAAGAAAACAAAUCAAAUUAAUCUUCAGAAAGAUUUUUCUGGAAAAUAUCCAAAGGUACAUGGGAGACUAAAGUUUAGCACUAUAAAUUCAUAUUUAUUUUUAGUCCUGUUUUGCUUUAUUGCUACAUAUUGAUGAAGUUAUGAAUUCUGGACUGUGCUGUGAUGCGCUUGUAUUGUUUUUGAGAAGAAAAUCAUCCAUGCAGAUGUCAAGGUUAAAAGGUCACUGCCCUGGGAGCAGUGCAUGCACAGUGAGUGUUUCGUGGUAUUAGACAAUACAAAACAGCAGUUUAACAACAUGAAGGAAGUGGAAGGAGAGAGAGAACAUGGCAGGGAGGCAGGUCACUUUCAGUUGAGAAGCUGUGGACAUGUCUGAUCUCAUGGCUCACUCUCUGUGGUCAUCACCUCACUGUCAGAAACAUGAGUGACCCCAGACAACCUGUCAUGUCUCAUGACACAGAACAUUCAUCUUGGCUCACUCUUUCAUUAUUGUAGACACAUAGAGUAGCUUCCAAAGAUUUCUUAAAGUGAUGCUACAAAGGUGCGCUUUCAUCGGAUCACUGUUUUUUCUUAACUCUGCUUGGU